CCCCCCCCCCCCCCCCUCCCUGACUGAACCCAUCCUGCAUGGUUGCAGUGCCCGGACUUGAAGUUCCAGGUGUCAUCUAUACGCACCGGCCGCAUACCGACUCGAUCUGCAUGAGUCGAUCACCUGGCAUCUAAGGCGGAAUUUCAGUCGGACUGGUACCUUCCAAAUUUCCUCUUAUACGCCAUCAUGUCCGCCAGGACCCCCGACAUUGGCUCUGAGAAGCCGCGCCUACAUACAGCUCGCUCAUUUCCCCGAAUGGAUUCGCCCGACACAAGCCCAUUCGUUCGCUCCCGGGCCAAGACGGUCCAGUCCGUGGCAAUUCCUGAAUCUGUAGACCCCGAAGCACUCCCACUACCCCUGUCGACCGCAGAAGACGAGCGGGAUGGCAGCCCCGACUUGUUUGAGAAAGCAGCCUCUUCCGACUUUGGUGAGGACGGCAACCAGGGCGAGGAGACAUCGGUGCUUUCACGAGGCUCCCAGGAUCGUACGGAGGAGCUUCCGAUUGAGCUGGCAAGUCUUACAGAUAGAUUUGUCAACUCGCUCACUGUCAAGGUACACACUUCUCCCCCAACGAUCGAGAAGAUAUCCAGUCGCUUUCAAGAAUUCUACCUCCGAGCCGAAUCCCACAUAGCUACCCAUAUCUCUGCCCUCGCGUCCCGGAUAAACCGCGAUCCUUCGCCCUUCCGUGCUACACAAGGGAAGUCUAGUAAUAAGGGCUCGGAUGGCCGCCAGAUGUUGACGGCGUCGGAAGUCACAGAAAAGAGGAUUGCGCGGAAGCAUCUGGCGUCCAAGCGCGUUGCUUUGGAAGAGGCUGUGGAGCGAAGAGCUUGCGAGACUAUCUACGACAAGCUUUGGAGGCAUAAAAGCACGCUGGAUGAAAUUAGAGAUGAGAAGCUGCGCUCGAAAACGGCGGCGCUUGCCCUAGUCGGUAUUAAUCUGAAGGAUCUUGGGGUCGAGCUCGACAUGGGCGCAAUCAAUGAGGAGAAGCAGAGAGAAGCCGAUGAAUGUUUCUCGGUUGCGCGAGAUUGCCUUGCUAAAAUGAACGACGACAAGUAUCCUCUAGGGAAACUGCAGCAGCUCGCUGCUGCACACAAGGCAAUAGUGGACGCUUUGACUAAACUGCUGCCGUCGUCGUCCUCCGCCGAUGAGAUACUGCCUGCUUUGAUCUAUUCACUCAUCGCAUGUCCUCCUGAGGGGAUCAACGUCAUAAGCAAUCUCUUUUUCAUACAACGCUUCCGGUCGUCGAGUAAAAUGGACGGGGAAACCGCAUAUUGUUUGACUAAUCUUGAAGCGGCGGUUAGCUUCCUGGAGAAUGUAGACCUCUCCGAACUCCGCGGGGAGGAAGUCCCUGAAGGCCAAAGAAAGGCAUCCAAUGACGAUACGAGCUCUGUCGAAAGCCCCGAUUCCCUCCAGUCGCCUAAUCCCUCCAAGGACGCAGCAGUAUCGUCAGUUACACCGGUGACCGCCUCGCCGGAACUUUCCAAGCCAGUUGGGCAAGAAGCUUCGGGCAGCCUGCCCAGGCCUCAGUCGUCCGCGAGUACCCAACAGCGACGGCUGAACAAUCUCUUCCAGCCGCCUUCAAAAGUCCUCGGUGCCGCCAAUGAUGCCGUCCGUAACACUGCCGAUCAGGGGCUGAAGAAUAUCGGCGCCUCCUUGGAUAGCAGUUUCAAUUUCCUGUUUGGGCGCCUUAAAGAAUUGCAGUCCAAUCAGUUCCCUGCCAAAGACGGAGGCAGCCCGGUCUUACCGAAGACCUUAGCCGAAGCGCGACGUCUAGUUACGACCCCGAUAUCCACCGGCAACGGCCUGGGUCAAGACGACAAUUCCGCGAGAGAAUCCCGUCCCACCGAUCGGCCUCCGCUGAGGCAUAUCGGAUCCAAAGCAGAGGAUACCUUCCUAGGGCUAGUCAGUGGCCAGAGAACUCCACGUGAUCGGAGCGCAGACAGCGUCAGGACCCAGGGCUCCCGGAAAUCCACCAUGGCUCAGGGCCCACAGAAGGAUGAAGCUCACGCCUCCUCUGCGGGGACGUCGUCGACGGUCUCUACACCGCUCGAGUCGAUGCGGAGCUUUGGGAACACCCUGAAUCCGCUAAACCACAUCCCCGGCAUGAUCAGGAACUUCGGACGCGCCCCCGGGCCUGGCACCCCCGGCACCCCUGACACCACUUCUGGACCCGGGGCCUCCCCCAAUACCCCCACCGAGAGAAUCAGGGCAUCGAUUCUUUCGCGCGAGACCUCUUCCUCGACAAUCCCUACUGUUCCAUCAGUUCCAGCAGUUCCACCCCGCGUCGACCCGCCCAUCUCGCGUUUCUUGCAGAUGCAGAACGCCAGCGAGCUCACGAUCGGUGACGUGUCCGUUCUACUAGAAGACUACAAACGGAUCGCAGCAGCACUAUCAAAGCAGGGCCCUAAUUGAGUUGAAUUGAAUUGAAGUCAAGUCUUUGCUUUCCUGUCGUCUGUCGUUUCCAAGCAUAUGAUUCCCACUUGGUUGUUCACAUACUGUCCAUCUCCAUCUCCAUCUCCAUCUCCAUCUCGUCUCCCUUGCGUUUGAGGUAUCGAGGUAAUCUGGCGGUAAUCUCUGUUCUUC